UAUUAAAAAAAAGUGGAACCAACAAAACCAAGAUUGAAACUUGGAGGGCAACAACCCCUCCCCAGUGCAUGCUUGUCUCUUGUAAUCUUCAACAUGUUUAGGUAGUUUGUUCUGUCUGUAUAUGAGAUAGAGAGGUUUCAGGAAGAACAGUGAAAGUCUCCCCAACAAAAUCAUAAGAAUCUCACAAAAACAUUAUCGGAGGAAGAGGAGGAGGCCACACACACAGUGUAAAGUUGCAAGUACAGCCCAUAAGCAAUCACUCUCACUUUGGGUCAUGUGUUUUCUUGAUUUAUAAUAUUCCCCCAGUUCCAUUUUUUGAUUUUUAAACCAAAAAAAAUAAAAAUUCCCACAGGGUAUAAGAAAAACCCCAUCAUUCCAGUCUGUUAAAUCUCUCUUUGGUGGUUCCCUUGAUGCUUGACAUCAAAGCUCUCUUCAAUCAUUCUUAGAGGCUCAUAAAUUUAUGAGCUUUGAAGGGUUUUCAGAGAAUUAUCAGAGAUAGCCAUUGUUGGUUGUUGAAUAUAGUGCAGAAAUUAAGGUUUUGUUUUGAAUUCUUGGAAUGUCUGUUCUCUCCUGAGGUACAAUUAAGCCAUAGAAUGUUUGCAUAGGUUGAUAAAGCUCCUGAAUUCUAGGGUUUGUGUUCAUCAUACUGAAAAAGAUGAGACCUUUGUAGGUUGUGGAUUUGAAUGUUGUUAGCUUUUUGGGUCCACUUUCUUGUUUCUACAGAAAAUGCCAUUUCUUGAAUUAAUUAUCCUUUGAAGUUUUCUGUUGUGUGUUGAAUAUGGCUGAAAUUAGACUUACCAAGGUAGAGCAGGGUCAAACCAAGGUUAAGAAUGUUCCAAUUGCUGUUACCCCAGAGGGGUUCUGGUGUUGUCCCUCACCCGUAGUGUUUCAGAAGUCUGUUAAGUCACAUAAUCCCGUAAACAAGUCCAAAUCGUCGCCCCCAACCACCCAAACCUCGUCGUCUCAGAAGAAACAAACAUCUGUAGCUGAGAAAAGACCACCUAGUAAUGCUCCACCUAGGUCAAAUGUUGUUGCUGAUGAGGUAAAAGGUCUCACUUCUGAGGCGCCCAGUGUCAGUACGUCGGUGGCAACAGAGCGAGGGCCUCACCCGAAGAUUGAAAACGUGGCCCGGAAGGUGUCUAUUGAGUUUGGUGAACCGGGGACUAGUGAUCUGAGAGUAAUUUUGCUCGGGAAGCAGGGAUUUGCGGUGAAGUUGAAUGUCCACCGGGGUGUUCUAGUAGAGAAUAGCAGUUUCUUUGCCAACAAAAUAUCGCAACAGCAGCCCGUUUUUCCCUGUAUCGAGGUCGAUGAUUGCGAGGAUGUUGAGAUAUUUGUCGAAACCGUUGGUCUGAUGUACUGCAAAGAUUUGAGGCAGCGAUUGAUCAAGCAAAGUGUUCCACGUGUCCUACGGAUUCUCAAGGUUGCAGAACAUCUUGGCUUCAAACUAUGCAUGCAAUCAUGCUUAGAAUACUUGGAAGCAGUCCCUUGGGUGGGGGAAGAAGAAGAAGAAAAGGUAGUUUCUUCGAUUUUACGUCUGCAAGGCGAGGGAAUUGGGGUGAACCCGGUGUUGAAACGAGUGUCGUCUGAUAUUUCGAGGCCUCCCAAAGACACUUUCUCGCAGAUCUUGGAAUUGGUGCUCAAGAGCAACGAGGAACGAGGCCGUCGGGAAAUGAAAUCCAUAGUACUGAAGCUCCUAAGAGAAAACAACAGUCUCCCGGGCUCCGUGGGCUCGGUUGACAUUUGUAAUGAAAUACUUUACACCUCGUGCAGAAGCUGCCUGGACUCGUUGUUGGAUCUGUUCGAACGAGCUGCAGAACCCGAGCUUAGCAACAGCUCGAGUCCGAAGCAGAUUGCCUUACAGGCCGAUAACCUCACGUGGAUGCUCGAGAUGUUAAGCGACAGGCAAGCGGCCGACGGGUUUGCAACGUUGUGGGCUAGCCAGCAAGAGCUGGCUUCGCUGCACCCGAGGCUCCCCACUAUCGCCCGCCACCACGUCAGCUGCAUCACGGCGAGGCUGUUCGUCGGGAUAGGCAGAGGCGAGAUCCUUCCCUCGAAGGACACCCGCCAUCUCCUGUUGCAAACGUGGUUGCAGCCGUUGAUAAACGACUACAGCUGGCUACAACACAGCAGCAGAUCGUUCGACAGGAAGGUCGUCGAGGAAGGGAUCGGGAGGACAAUCCUGACGCUCCCUCUCGAGGAGCAGCAGAGCAUUCUGCUGUCUUGGCUCGACACGUUUCUCAAGGCGGGCGAUAACUGCCCGAAUCUCCAGAGAGCCUUUGAAGUGUGGUGGCGCCGCACUUUCAUCAGACCCUAUACCGAAGCAGAAAGCAUCGGCCAAACGGGAAACUCUGCAGGGCCACAGGUGUUACACCCGGUAUCUGAAAACCAAGAAAGAAGUGAAGAAUUGUAAAUCUGGCUACCACCCGACUAUCAACUGAGCUACCCGUGCUGGACUAUCAACUGAGCUACCCGUGCGGGUUUCAUUACAUGACGACCAACAAUGUUGUUGUAUGAUUGAGGUUUAAUUGCUUAUUGAAUGUAUGUAUUUAGAUGUAUCUUAAAAGGGAUGUAAUACAUGUCUCAUUGGUGUGUUUUCUGUCAUCCUAAGGUUGUUUAAUGUAGUCUGAGUUUUGACUCUAACUUCUGUGGUUAUAUAUUCAAAUAUCAAAUGAAAUGGGAACUUAUGAACC